UAUUGUUAUCAAUUGUUAUUGUCAAUGUCAUUAUUUGUCAAUUGUCAAAUUGUCGAAUUGUUUUGUGAUUAAUAUUUUAAAAAUUAUUUUAUUCUCUAAUUUUUUAAGAUAAAUAUUAUUUUUGAAGUUAAUCUGGACGCAAGUACUAUUUAAGUAAUACCAGGAAGUAAAAUAUAAAUCCAUGAAAUUGUUUGUGCUUUAAUGUUUUAUUAAAUUGUUUUGCACUCCAAAAUAAUUAUUAAAAAUGGAUAUGGAUAUAAAAUUUAUGCGAAAAUAGAUUAUUUAAAGUUGUCUAUUAUGGAUACAAUGCUGGGACAACCCUUACAAACUUUAGAAAUAACAAUUGAAGACCUCCCUGAUGAGGUUUUGGAAUUUAUUUUAGGAUUUCUGCCACCUUACAAAGACCUUCAAAAUUGUAUGAGUGUUUGUAAAAGGUGGUGCAAUUGCGCCCAUAAUGUAUUACAUAAAACUUCAAUUAAGCUGAUCAAAGCAAUUGGUGAUUUCAAUAUAUUAUGGAAAAAUGUGGCACCCACUGAUGUGGUACCAACAAUUACAAAAAGGUUUUCACACUCAGCUUGUAUCCUGGAGAAUAAUAUGUACAUCUUUGGAGGAUGCACCACUAACGCCACAUCAUUCAAUGAUUUGUGGAGGUUUGAUCUCUCUAGACGGCAGUGGGUAAGACCUCUGGCGACCGGCACAUAUCCUGUUCCUAAAGCAUACACAACCAUGGUUGACUAUAAAGACUGUCUGAUUGUUUUUGGAGGCUGGACUUACCCAUCUAUGUCUCAAUACUAUCAAAAUGUUACAAUGUUUAAUGACAUUCAUUUCUAUUGUAUUAAAACAAAUAAAUGGAUAUUAAUAAAUGCUACAAAUCCUCCACCGCCAAUGGCUGGACAUUCAGCAUGUAUCAAAGGGGAUGAAAUGGUUGUCUUUGGUGGUUUGAUAAUGUCUGCAGCCCAAAAUUUUCAAAUACAAUGCUCAAAUGAUAUAUGGGUACUGAAUUUAUCAACAUGCAGCUGGAGGAAGCAACCAUCAACCUUACCUAGUCCAUCACCUCGAUAUGCCCAAUCUCUUAUUAGACUAGACUGUGACAGGCUAAUGUUGCUUGGAGGUGUUCAAACUUUGCACAAUCGCUUUGUCUAUAGCGAUUGCUGGAUACUCACUAUGAAAGGGCCUAUAUGGACUUGGAAAGAGAUAGCUGUGAGAAAUAAAGAAUGGGCUUCUGCCAAUGUAUGGUGUAAUCCUGCCUGCCGUGUGGGGGACAAGGUAGUUAGUCUAAGCAGAAGCAGAAAUGGUUGGAACAGUGCUAAACCAAUGGUAACCUCUGCAGUUCGCCUGUCUAAUCUAAACAGAGCAGAAGGAGCACCAGUUGCAGUAAGAGUUGAGCAAAGUCUGCAGAGACCUUUAGACAGAGAUCACAAUAUCAAUGGAAGACGUGGAGUAUUACCUAGACAAAGAGUUCCUGCAAACGAGCCAGUAGCUGGUCCAAGUAAUGAACCAGAAAAGGGGGAAAAUUCUAGACACAAUAAUGAAAAUGUUACAAGCCAAGCUAAUGCUUCUUCUAGUGGAGAAUCUAGGCAGUCGCUUAAUAAUAUUGAUGCAGCUAAAAAAGAGUCUGCAUUGAGAAGAAAUAAAAAUAAGAAUAAAGGCAUGAAGAUUGUUAGACAGUUGCAAGAAGCUAAUAAAUAUAGGAUGGCUGCAUUUGCAUGUGACUCGACUGGAAAUAAUGCCCCACCAGAAAAUGACCUUAUUAAUCAAAGACAAAUAGCACAUUUGGAAAACAGAUUAGAGCCAAUCCCUGAAAACCAACAACAGAGGCCACCAGCGGUAAAAAAGAUCAAAAGGAAUACUUUGGCAAUGCAUGUCUUGGAUAUAUCCACUGUGGUUAAUGGGAAUUCAAUGAAUUAUGUGUCAUGGUUAUGUCCUCGACUUGGAGAAAUGCAUGGUGCACCAGAAGAGCUGGUCAUGUAUUCAUUAGUCAAAGGCAAUGGAGAGUUAAUAAUGUUUGGCGGUGUUCAUAAUGAUAUUAGUAUUUUAAAUUAUUCUGAGCAACAGAAUAUGUAUUCAAAUUCAUUGCAUUUUAUAACACCACCUAGGGAUGUCAUUUGAAGAUAUUUUUGUUAUGUAAGUUGUUUUUUAAAAAAUAUGUUGUGUUGUGACUAUACUAAGAUUUGUAAUUUAUCUGAGUAUAAAAAUUAUAUGAUGUGUAAUGAUGAAUGUGAUAUAGUUGCAUAUUUUUUUCAAGCAACAUAGGUAGUCCAUUUCUGACUCGGAGAGUCAGUAUAAUAUGUAACAAUAACCAAUAUUACUAUCUUGAUACCUAUUAAUGUUACAGAAAUACUUUCAGCAGUAAAAUCAAAAUAAGUGUGUUUUCUCAAAUAAAGUUCAUUAUCAUGCUAUAAUAAGAGCCUUUAUUCUUCUUUUAUGACAAAGGCUUUCUCUAAACUUUUCCGCACUUACUGAUCCCUUACAUGCAUAAUUAACAUGAUAUAAAACAAAAACAAGCUUUGAAGAAAUGUUCUUGAAGCAUUAUAAAGAAUUGAUUUACAAAUUUCCAUUAUUUAAGGAUAAUUUAUUAUAUAUCAAGCUAUUUGUACACAUGUAUUGCUUAAUAUUCUCAAAUAUAAACAAAAUCUCAUACAGUAAUCCAACUUGCUUUCACCAAUCAUUGCUAAAACAAGAUUUAUUAAUUUUCAUCUAAUAAUAAUCUGAUCUUUAUCAAAUUAUUAUUAGAUGAAAAUCCCAAGUAAUUCUUAUAUGGUUUAGUUACUUAAAUUAUAUAUGAACAAU